UGCGUCCACUUUGCUUUGAGACGAAACUUUCUCGCAUUCAUUCCAGUCGCAACGGCAAGGCAGGACAGAAAGGCAGCAUAGCAGGCAGUUCAUGUGGUGGACAUAUUACAUCAUUCAUUAUCGCUUAUCGUUUUCACCUUUGAUUUCACUCGUUAGUGAAACAUUUAACAAUCAGACAAUCCAGUUAAACAAUUUCGGAUUUUUAAAAUUGUUUGGAAGCGUUACAUUUUAUCAUACAGCUGAACAGUUCUAAUUCUAGAGGAUUUUCACUUGUCGAGUUCAAAGGUUUUAGUUAAAAAAGUAACUUACAAAUCAAUUUGUUUCAAAAGAGGAUACUUAAUACACAAAAAAAUAACAACGGAGAAGGAUGACGGGGCCAGAAUGCUGGGCAACAGUGGCGAUGGACACGGAAGAGGCGGUGAAGGCUCUCGUGUUGGCGAAAGGACUGCGACGCUUCAUGACCUCACGACCUUUAGUGCUCGUGGCGUCGCCCACGCUCCCCGACGAUGUUUGGGAAUUACUUCAAUCCGAAUUUGAUGUCGUCGUUCGAUUGGAACGACGUUGGCUUAAUUCUGGCGUCGAUCCCCACAUCGCAGCAAAAGUGAUGAUCUGGAGUCUCUCCAAGUGGCAACGGGUCAUCGUACUUUCACCGGAUGUGAUGGUGGUUCGUGGCUGUGACGAAAUUUUCAAGGAGAGGAACGCUACUGCUUCUGACUACUCCGUGAUGGUGGUGAAGCCCUCGGUUGACAUUUGGCGAAAGUUGGUCGAUCGGCUGGUCUCCGCGAAGGGAGGAAUCAGUGAGGACAAGCUUUUUACUCAAGUUUUUGGACAACAACUCGGACAACCCCUUGGACCUUUGAACGAUAAAUUUUGUACUGGAGUGGACUUGAAGGAAGGAUUACUGGCAAAAAAUCUGAACGAACUGGCAAUCGUAAGCUUCACUGGGACUCAUCCAAUGGAAAUACUUUGCAAGGACGAAGUCGGCUUGGUCAAUGGGGCUCUAGAAUCUGCUAUAUUGAAUCUGUGGAAAAGCAACUUGGACCAUGGCGUGGCACAAAAACUGGCAAAACUGGAAACAAUUCAUUUUAACGGGUUGAAAAGUUAUCUGGACCAAUACCGAUCUGACGAUGGAACAACGUCAUCACCAACCAUCGACUUUGCCCUGGAUGAAAAUCAGCUCUAUGAACUAAAGGACUCGAUUGCCAUUAUUGGAAUGAGUUGUCGCUUCCCCGGGGCCAACAGUCUUGAUGAAUUUUGGAAACUUCUCAUCGAAGGAAGAGAUGCUAUCUGCCAUGUUCCCGAAGGUCGAUGGACUCCAGAGCGGUGUCCAGUUUUGCCAGAGGACGCGAAAAAUUCUAGAGCUGGAUUUCUAUCCUGCUCCGUUGAUGAAUUUGAUGGCAAAUUUUUCGGCGUCAGCCCCAUGGAAUUGGAAUUCAUGGAUCCUCAACAGCGGCUGACCCUCCAAGUGGCGUGGGAAGCUUUGGAAGAUGCAGGCAUUAAUCCUGUCUCACUGGCAAAUACGUACACGGGGGUGUUUGGUGGAUCUUGGCGUACAGAUUAUCGAGAAGCUCUUCAGAAUACGGGCGUGGGCGAGGCCGAAUUUUUCCGGUCAUAUUUAGGAAAUUGCUUCGGAGUGUUGACUGCCCGUAUCUCUCACACUCUGGGACUCACUGGGCCAGCAAUAACUACUGAAUCGGGAUGUUCGUCAUCUAUCGUAGCAGUGGAUUUGGCAUGCAAAUCUCUGCAAAGAAAGGAAACCAACAUUUCUCUGGCGUGCGGUGUGAACCUCCUAAUUCACCCUUUCACAGGGAAAACCAUGAACACUGUUCUUGCUCCGGACGGCCACUGCAAAACAUUUGAUGCAUCAGCGGACGGAUUUGGGCGAGCGGAAGGAUGUGGAGUACUGGUACUAAAGAGAUACUCUGACGCGGUACGAGAUGGGGACCGCGUUUGGGGGUUGAUUCGAGGUUCUGCCGUAGUGCAAGAGGGAGCCAGUCGGAGUUUGGGAACCCCCACGAAAUAUUGCGAAUCCCUUGCGAUGAGUUUAGCUUUGAAGGAUGCUCGUGUCGAGGCGAGGGAUGUUUCUUACGUGGAGACGCACGGCACCGGGACCCCGGUUGGCGACCCGCUUGAGUAUGCCGCCGUGGCGGCAGUGUAUUCUGAUGGGCGAGAAGACACCUUGACGAUAGGGUCCGUGAAGACGAAUAUUGGUCAUACAGAGUCAUGUUCUGGAAUCGCUGGGAUUAUUAAGGUCAUCCUGAGCAUGCAGAAUGAAGUGAUUCCACCCCACAAAAACUUUACUACUCUCAACCCCGCCAUCAAUUUGGAUUCCAUUCCAGCCCAGAUUCCGCUAGAGGCAAUGGAAUGGAAACGUGACCCCGCUGGAAAGAAGCACAGAAUCGCCGGUGUUUCCUCCUUUGGAAUUACGGGCACGGAUGCCCACGCCAUUAUCCAAGAGACGCCGAUCCUGAACCAUGCCACCCUCAACUUGAAAAAUGAUGUAAAAACGCCACGACCAUUCCAAAUUCUUACCCUGAGUGGAAAGAAUGAGGAAGCUUUAGACGCCAAUUUAACACAGUUUAAGGAGUUUUUGGAAACUACUUCAGAAAAGUUGGGAGAUAUUGCGCAUACGGCAAACCUGGGUCGAGGACAGUUUCUCCAUCGUGCCGCAGUCGUAGGAAAAGAUACUGCAGAAUUGAUAGAAAAAUUGAAAAACGCCAACUCGAUUUUGAGAAAAGUGGCUCCGGAAGAAUCUCCCAAGAUUUGCUUCCUAUUCACUGGCCAAGGUUCCCAAUAUCCUGGCAUGGCACGUGAGCUGUAUGACAGCAAUCUCACUUUCAAGAUGACCUUUGACCAAUGUGAGCGGGUCUUGAGUAAAGAAUAUGGAAUAGACAUCAAGGACGCUUUGUGGGGUCAGAUUGGGCAAAAUUUGAGUCGCACCAUAUACUCGCAGACGUCCAUUUUCUGCAUAGAAUACUGCCUCCUUCAGAUGUGGGAAUCCUGGGGAGUUAAACCAUCUUAUGUAUUAGGACAUAGUUUGGGAGAAUUUGCAGCUGCGGUGGGUGCGGGUAUUUUAUCGUUUGAAGACGCUCUAAAGUUGGUGGCUGAGAGGAGCCGACUUAUCGAUGCCUUGCCCGGGGGUAAAAUGCUUGUCCUUAAAGAGAACAAGGAUAACGUAGAUAUGAUGCUCAAGAAGGCGUUUGAAGGGACAAAUCGCUGGUUGGAUUAUGCCGCAGUUAAUUCUCCUGAACAAACCGUUGUGGCUGGAUCUGAAGAGAACGUUCUCGCAUUUGUCGAGUUUUGCAAGAACAAUCAAAUAAAAACCCACAUUCUUGAGGCUACCCAUGCAUUCCACUCGAGACAUAUGGACCCCAUUCUGGAUCAGUAUCGAGCCGUAGCAGAGGGUGUCUGUUAUUCAAAGCCGAAAAACAACAUUACUUACGUGUCAGGGAUGGAGGGUCGAAUCGUCCAAGAAAGCGAAGGUGUCCAUGUGAAUGCAGACUACUGGGUGAGACACACGCGAGAUAGUGUACGGUACUCAUCUGCAUCUCGUGAACUGAUGGGACGAGGGGGUUGCACCCUCUUCCUCGAAGUAGGACCCCAACCUGUCUUAUCCGCGUUGACCAUGAUCAACUCUGAUGGUGUUGAAGGGCUCGUGGAUCCCGUGGUUUGCUUGCCUUCCAUUCGAAAACAGGAGGACGAUUGGUCUUGCAUACUCACUACCGUUGCCAAACUGUACUUGGCUGGCGUCAAUAUAAAUUGGGAACAGUUUGACCAAUUUGAACCCGUCAAGAAGAUAACUGUCCCAUUCUACCCUUUCCAGAACAAAUCAUACUGGUUUGAAAUUCCAGAUCAGGGUCCUGGUCAAAUUCAUCCACUUGUGGGAACCCCUGUGAGCAAUGCAUCAGCUAUGAAACUGUUUCAAAACAAGUUGGAGUUGGAAGACGCCGAGUUUUUGAAAGAUCAUGUGAUCGGAAACAAGGUCAUUUUCCCUGGAGCUGGAUUCAUGGAAAUGUGUCUUGUUGCUGCACAUUCGGCUACGCAAUGCACAGAAAAUUCCUACUUUCCACCAUCGGCACCCAUCUCCUUGACAGAAUUCACAAUCGAAUCCCCACUUGGACUAUUGGAAACGGAAACUGCUCACCUCCAAGCAAUCGUUUCAUCAGCAGACGAUUCUGGAGACACAAAGGUCACCAUUUACAGUAGACUGGCCUUGGACAAAGAGACGCAAAAAUGGAUUCGCCAUGCAUCUGCGACAUUCUUCCCGUAUGCGGUGACCGCCUCGUCUUCAUCCAAUGCAGCAGAUGAUGCAUUGGAUCUCGCCAAACUUCUUGCAGAGUUUACACAUUCUACUCAGAUUUCCGAGACGUAUGGAAAGCUUGCAGAAUUUGGACUUAAAUUCGGCCCAACAUUCCAAACUUUGAAAAGAAUGUUGACAAAAGAGAUAAAAACUGACGAAGCUCAAGUGGAAACGCUGUUUGAAGUUAACAUGACUCAAUCCGCAGGAAAAUAUGUAUGCCAUCCAGUCAUAAUGGAUGCACUUUUCCAAGCCGUAAUGAUAAGUGCCCAUCCAACCGCUAGCGAAUUGCAUGUUCCAGUCUCAGUACAAAAGUUUAUUUCGUUUGCGCCCAUCCCAGAAGAUGCAGAGAGGGCGUAUAUCUUUUGCAAGAUGGAAAGUAAUGGUGAAAUCAAAGCAACGCUAUUGGAGUCUGAGGGGACCGUGCUGGCCGAAAUGGUGGGUGCAAUGCUCGUUGAAACUACGGUUGGUGCCAUCAUGUCAGCCCUAGAAGCACAAAAACUGAGCCUUCCAGCAAUGUAUGAAGAUUUGUGGAGGGCACAAGUAGGUCCAAUGGAAAGAAGGGCCGAUCUGAAUCAAGUCUUUAAUCACAAGGAAACAACUGACAAAACAUUCAUUACUCGGUUAGCCGAUAAGUGCAACACAAUUUCAGACGAUCAAGACAAUUUUAGGCGGAACUCAGACCUUCUCUGUUCGCUUUACAUGAUUAAGUGCUUGCAAGAAUUGGAUAUGUCGAAUUUUGUUGUUGGAUCGGAAAUUUUUGUCAGCGAAUUUGUCAAACAAAAUAAAAUUCUUCCUGGACUGGAGGGGUUUGUGCGCUACAUGUUUUUCGAACUUGAAAAUGAUGGCUAUUUCCAAGUACGCAGUAAGCAAAUAAAGGAGGCAUUGACUUUCAAAUUGGUCAAAGAUCUACCCUCUCUGGAUAAAGUGAAGGAAGAGAUUGAACUCGUAUACAAAAUAGUCCAUCCAGCUUCUCCAAACGAAAUUGGUUAUAUUUCAUCUACCGGGACCAGACUGACGGCUAUGCUCACUGGAAAAGAAUCCGCUCUUCCAUACCUCUUUCCAGAAGACCCUUCCGCAAUUUCGGCUGAACAAUACUACAUGACAUCUUGCCAAGCUUUGUCAGCUCAUGAGUUGCUGAACGGUUUUAUGGGAGAAUUUUUGAAGGAUACACCCCGACAACUUGAAGAGAACAAGCAAACCAUUCGUAUCCUUGAGGUGGGCGCAGGUACCGGCAGUUUUACGAAAACCUUUUUAAAUUACUUGCAAGGGAGUCCGACCAACUGGGAAUUCACCUACACUGAUAUCUCCCCCAUAUUUUUCCCUAUGGGAGCGAAAGUCUUUGAAAACUCCAAGAUCAAAGUGCAUUACAAAAUCCUAAACAUUGAGGAGGAUGUCGUCAGUCAAGGGUUUAUCCCGGGUCACUACGACAUCAUUAUCGCUAACCUGGUUAUCCACGCCACGAAAAGUAUCUCUCAAACGUCGAGGAAUUUGAGAAAUCUCUUGAGAGAACAUGGGACGCUUAUCAUAUCGGAAUGUGUGGCGCCUGGCAGGGGGACAAAUCUCACGUUCGGACUUUUGGAUGCAUAUUGGCAUUAUGCGGAAGGCGAUGACUUUAUGCUACGAGGCUAUAAUUGUGAAAUUUCUCAGGAAAAAUGGUUAUCAGUUUUGACUGGGGCGGGAUAUUGCGAAGCUGUCAGCUAUCCUGCGUAUGGAGAUUCGUUUGCUCUGAUUACAGCAAGAAAUGUUACACGUGAGCACAUCAGUUACCAUGUUCCAAGGGCGGUUGAAGCUGCCAAGAAAGAAAAGGCGUGGUGGGUGUUUUCAGAAGAUGGUCCAUUGUCCACCUAUGUCAUCAAGAACUUGGCUUCUCUUGGAAACAAGGUGAUCACCAUCCGCAAAUCUGACACUUUUGAGAAGGUCAACGAGUUCGAGUUCGGCAUUCGUCAACAUGUCGAGGACGAUAUGGCUCAACUUCUUCAAGUUACCAUUAAAGAUGCCGGAGUUGGAUUAGAGGGUAUCGUUUACCUCUGGGGUUUGCAUCCCUUGAAUGAAAAUGAAGACCUGUCUCUUGUUGCACAACCUUUCCUUUACCUUUGCAAAUCCAUUAUUACGCAAGACUCUCCAAAACUCUUUGUUGUCACGAAGAGUGUGACCAACGUGGGAGACAAUGAACCUGCACUUCCAAGUUCUAGCCCACUAUGGGCCAUGACGAAAUGCUUCCAGAAUGAGCAACCGAAUGCAAUUGCUCGAUGUAUAGAUUUGGACGACUCGCUCGAAAUAUCUGAUCAUCAUAUGAAAGAAGUGUUUUCCGAAUUUAUGACAAAUGACAAUGAAGUUUAUGCGGCGUAUCGUAACGGACAGCGAUUUGUGCCACGGUUUAUUCCUUGGAAGCCGCAAAAUACAGGGUUGCGUUUCCCCAAAUCUGAAAAGUUUCGUUUGAUACUUCCUGCAAGUAAUGCAAUCAACGAUCUCAGAUUCGGUUCCUGCACUACAAGGCCAGUAUUGGAGGAUUGUGAAGUUGAAGUUCGCGUUAGAUCUUACGCUCUCAACUUCCGCGACGUGUUCGCAAUCCUAAAACCCAGUCCUGAGUUUGAAACCAUGAACACUGUGGGUAUCGAUUGGAGUGGCAUCGUUAUGGCGGUUGGUCCCAAUGCGAACAAAUAUAAGGUUGGAGAUUCAGUUUUUGGAACGAACAUUAAUGGCGACUCACUUCCAUCACAUACGAUACUUCAUGAAGACCUAGUCUUGCCCAUCCCCGACUCCAUGACGUUUAAUGAAGCAGCCACUAUGCCUGCCGUUGCCGCCACGGCGUGCAUCUGCCUUGUCCAGACAGCCAAAUUGACCAAAGAUGACACUAUUCUAAUUCAUACCGCGUCUGGUGGUGUUGGACUGGUUGCGAUACAAAUUGCUCAAUCAGUAGGUGCCCGUAUUGUGGCGACUGCUGGGAGCAAGAGGAAAAGGGCGUACCUGCGCAACCUUGGGAUUCAACACAUUUUUCACUCUCGUAAUACAAACUUUGAGUCCGAAAUUAGAGCUGCACUUGGUGGUGACGGGGUUGACGUGGUGCUCAACUCUUUGACCGGUCCUGGGUUUAAAGAAGCUUCUCUUGCCUUGUGCAAUCAGGGUGGCCGAUUCAUAGAAAUGUCAAAGCUCAAUACAUGGACUGAACAAGAUGUUAGUGCACUUCGACCGGAUGUGGCCUACACAAUUGUUGAUAUAUCUGCUUCAACCGGGGAUGAACUGAAAUCUCACAUUUUUAACGUCGGGUCGUGUUUGAAAAAUGACGUUGUCAAACCAAUCCCAUACGUUAGAUUUGAUGCAAGCGAAAUUCGAGAAGCUUUAACAUACCUGCAAAAAGCUAAGCAUAUCGGAAAGAUUAUUGUGUCCAUGCCGGAACCUGAACUGGAUAUGACAAUCCCAAUGUUUAAUGAUCGAUCGACCUAUCUUAUUACGGGAGGGUUGGGUGGAAUUGGGCUGGAAGUGGCGAAAUGGAUGGUUGAUUCGGGAGCCAAAAAUGUCGCCCUGGUGGGUAGAUCCGCCCCUAAUGAGAAAGCGUUGGAUGAGAUUCGGAGGAUGAACAACAAAGGAAAUAAGAACGUUUUCACUCUGCAGUACGAUGUUGGCGAUGAGAAACAAUGUGCCGAACUUUUGGAGAGAUUGAAGAGUAAAGAACUUGGGCUCCCAACGCUGCGAGGAAUUAUGCACGCCGCAGGUGUACUGUCCGAUGCCAUCUACGCUAACCAGACUUGGGAAAAGUACUGCACGACAUAUAAUCCAAAAGUGCGUGGGGGCUGGAAUCUUCACAAUAUGACGAAACAUCUUCCUCUGGAACAUUUUGUCAUGUAUUCCUCUGCAGUGGCUGCACUUGGCUCGUUGGGUCAGAGUAAUCAUUCAUCCGCCAACUUUUUCCUGGACUCGCUUGCAAACUAUAGACACUCUAUUGGUCUCCCUGCAACAACAGUGAAUUGGGGACAGUGGGGUCAAGUCGGUGUUGCUAAAAACAUUGAAAUUAUUGGGCUUAAACCGUUUACCACUUUGCAAGGACUUUCAGCGCUCGAAAGAACCAUGAAAUCCCAUCAACUUCAAAUGUGCGUUUGUGAUGCUGACUUUGGCAUCGUGCGACAAAUUUUCAGUGCAACGAAACGGUACACGGAAGAGUUGAAACUAAAUCAGGGUGAAUCGUCGAAAGAGAUUUUGAUUAACAACGAACAAUUUUGGGACGAUUAUGACUCUGCUGAUGAUGAAGAGACAAAGCUUGAAGUGGUGAAACGCUUCGUUCGCUCCAUGAUUCGUCAAAUCCUUAAACUCGGAAAAGAUGAGGUUAUGAACGACGACGAAAAUUUUCAAGAUUUGGGAAUGGAUUCGCUUAUGCUGAUUGAGAUGAAGAACGUUGUCCAGUCCACCCUGGGAAAGAGGGCAACCAUCACCGUAGGAUCUGUAAAAGAUUGUCACACAGUUAAUCAACUUGCCAAUAGAUUGUGUCAACUUCUCGCAGGCGAUGAGGAUGACGAUGUGCGUACUCCCACCAGAGAGGAGCUUUUGAAACUAAUGCGAACAGAUUCCAUCCUUCCAGAAACAAUCCAACCCGCACCCAUUCCAGCUUGUCUACCAUCUGAAGUAAAAACUAUUUUGAUCACCGGAGCCACCGGAAAUAUGGGACCCUAUUUCCUCCGAGAUAUUUCAAAACGAUCCCACAUCACAAAAAUCUACUGCAUAGUCCGCGACGAGAAAAAUAAUUCAGAGGCCAAUGCUGUAAAGCGAAUAGAGAAAAAACUGGUGGCGAAUGGAAUGUUGGAAUCUGUCGACAUGAGUAAGAUCGUCAUAAUUCCAGGCAAUCUUAAUCGACCUCACCUCGGCCUGACGGAAGAAGAGUAUAAUAAACUAGCCCAAGAAGUCGACGCAGUCUUUCAUCUCGCCGUGAAAUCCAAUUUUACCGAAGAGUACAAAAAAUUUGAAAAACCAGAAUCCACCGAUAUUCGUACAGUGAAUUUGAAAGGAACUCUCAAAGUGCUCGAAUUUGUGACGGCACAGAAAACAAAACUCCUUUUCCACGCCAGUACCAUCGUCGCCAAUAAUAAAUUGGACAAGGAUUUCAGCAUUUCAGAAUUUUGGCCAAAGGAAGACGAUUUCGAUGAUAUGCCAAACACUGCGUACCCAAUUUCUAAAUUUGUAUGUGAUAGACUCAUGGCUUCUGCGGUGGAAGAGAGAGGUUUGCCAAUCAAGGUGUUUAGAUUCCCCGCAGUUGGUGGCGAUAGUUUAUCUGGAGCUAAUGUCGACUAUGAAAACAAUCAAUUGAUGUUGCGAAUGAUGAGUUAUCUGCAUUUAGGAAUUAUGCCUGCAGUCCCGAUUCCAUUCUUUAUCCUGCCGGUGGACACCUGUGUGGACCUUUCACUUCGUAUAUUUUUCGAUGACUGCACACCCGACGACAUUUAUAACGUGUACAAUCCAUACCCCCACAAUGAAACUGAGCUUGUCCUCAUUGGAGAAGAAUUGGGAUACAGGGUUGACGUUGUGGAACCGGAUGACUUCCAGACACAAAUGGAUGCGAUCAAGGACUCCAAGCUUAUCCACUUCCUUAAGGAAGCGACUGGGAAUAAGGACGCACAAAAUAGAUUUCUAAAGGACUCUCCUGCCAUCAUGGCCGCAUACACGAGGAAUCCAACGCAUGCAUUUGUCAGCAAGAAGUUGACCCAGUUGAUGCCCGAGUACCCUAAACACAUCGAAAAUACUUUGGGUGUGAUUAGAAGAGAUUUGGAGUAUGCGAAAAAAUCGGGAAUUUUUGCAAAGUUUGGAAUUUAGUAAAUUUGUAGUUUUUUUACUAAUUUGACUACAAAAAGAUACUUUUUAAAUUAAAUGUACACUAGGUUAAGCUAUACUUAUUAUUAUUAUCAAUUCAUACAUAUGCGUGCCUGCCUGUUGCCUAUAUAAUGCUGCCUUAACAAGAUUUAAUUAAUAAAACCGUGUGAAAACUAA